GAACUCUGCAGGUCGCGCCUCAUUCAACUGACUGUACACAUACGACGGAAGAAAAGAAGGAUGUUAAACAAUGUUGAGUUUUCGCUUUCAGUUGGGAUUAAACCGUUUUAAAAGAGUUGAAAUAUACCACUAGUGAGGGACUUACGUUAUCUUCAUUUUCGGUUUGAUGUCAUUUGCAUGGAAAUAAGUGUUUUCUAUUUCAAAGUAAAUAGUGUGUAAAUUAUAUUUUGGCGGACUCGUAAGAUAUUAAUGAACGUGUGUCACUGAAAACUACACAUGAUGUCGUCAGAAAUGGAGGUUACCGACGGAAUUCCUGGUCCAAGAGAAAGACUGAGAUCGGAUGGCGGAAGACUUACUGCGGAGGAGAUGGACACAAAGAGGAAACAGAACAUUGCGUAUGAGUACCUCUGUCACUUAGAGGAGGCCAAAGUCUGGAUACAGGCCUGUAUUAAUGAGGAGCUCCCUCCUACAACAGAACUUGAAGAAGGAUUACGAAAUGGUGUGUUUUUGGCCAAGCUGGGACACUUUCUUAGCCCUCAAGUUGUACCCCUCAAAAAAAUAUACGAUAAGGAACAAACAAGAUUUCAGUCUCGAGGAUUACACUUCAGACAUACGGAUAACAUCAACCAUUGGUUCACCUCCAUGGACAAAAUUGGCCUUCCACAGAUAUUUUAUCCGGAGACUACAGAUAUUUACGAUAGGAAGAAUAUGCCAAGAACAAUAUACUGUCUUCAUGCCCUCAGUUUGUACUGUUUCAAGCUUGGAAUUGCUCCACAGAUUCAAGAUCUGUAUGGGAAAGUGCAAUUCACUGAGGAAGAAAUUAGUGCUAUGAGACAAGAACUGGAAAAAUAUGGAAUCCAGAUGCCAGCGUUCAGUAAAAUCGGAGGAAUCCUAGCUAAUGAGCUCAGUGUGGAUGACGCUGCCUUGCAUGCUGCCAUUAUUGCCAUCAAUGAGGCUGUGGAUCAUGAAAAUGCAGAGGAGACCAUGGCCGCCCUCCAGAAUCCAUCGGCCAUGUUGGUAAAUUUGAGGACAGAUGGAUCUGAAGAUUACCAGGAACUCCUUUUCUGUGCAAAACAGACGAAGAGAGAUAUCGCACACAAUAAGAGUCUCGACCCGGAUGGUAACUACGAACAGGAUGUUUACGAUGAACUGCUCACUCAGGCAGAGAUACAGGGAAACAUCAACAAAGUCAACACCAUACAUGCCUUAGAUCGUCUUAAUGACGCACUGCUGAAGAUGGAUCCCUCCCUGCUACUCCAGGCCCUGAAAUCUCAGUUCCUCGGCCUCAAGGGCGUCAAUGACGACAACAUUUCGUACUACAAAGAACGUCUCAAAGAGUCCUAUGAAAAUAAACAGAAUAACAAUGGAGAAGAAGAUGUGAUCUUGGAGAGAGAAGAAAUCCAACAAGCUGUCUCCGCGGCCAACCUGGAUGCUGAUGUAGAAUAUCAGAAGUCUCAGUGUGUGAUUGCCAUCAAUGCCGCUAUAAAUAACAGCGACGCGACUGUGCUGAUGAGGGCCCUCCAGAACCCUGCGGCCAAACUACCGCCUGUCAAUCCUUACGGAGAUACCCUAUAUCUUGAAGAGUUCUUUAACAUGCGACAGGAGAAGCAGGACGACCUGGACUACGAUGAAAUUUUUGCUGCUGUUAAAGUCUUGUCCGCUGUCGCUGCCAUCAAUGAAGCUGUUGAAGUAGGAGAUCAGGGUGCCACGUUUAAAACUCUGACAAAUGAAGAUGCUUGUAUACAUAAUUUGGAGGAACAGAACCUCGACAGAUACCAGAAGGGGCUGGUUCAUGCAAGGGCUGCAAAAGUUGAGAGUGUUCAGGAGACAACCGAGUCGGACGAGACUGUUGGUUUGCCCUGUACACUUCUCACACACUUUGAGAUCUGUUCAACCAUUGACCAAGUGAACCAGCAGGUCUGUGAGGAACACGAGCGUGUUCUAGCCAUUGGAGACAUCAAUAAUGCUAUCAGACAGGGCAACCCUGACGUGACCUUGGCCUCCCUGAAGGAGCCAACAGCCAAGCUAGAGGACGUUGAGGACCAGAAUGCAUACAGAUAUCAGGUUCUUCUGUGCCGGGAAAUUGAAUCUAAGGAGCAGGAAUCCAGUGAUGCUGACGCUGAAUUAUGGGUAGAGGAAAUACAGAAGGCCAUUGUCAAUUCUAAUCGAGAUGCUGAGUUGGGGCUGAAAACAUCCUUGGCUGUGGAAGAAGUCAACAAAGUAUCUGGUGAAAAUGACAGUGACCUACUUUUGGAGGCCUUGACCGCUGGUGACCUUGCCUUACACAGUGUUGUUCCAGAGUGCAAAGAUAUGUACCUCCAGAAACUCGUAGAGGCGGGAAACACAAAGUCACAGAAAGGCGAGUGUGGGAGUGGCUGGAUGAUGAACAGGUUAAAGGACGGCUCUAAGUUUUUCUACAACACCCACGAACAAGAGUACUCAUGGAGUCGACAGGAUGGAGUAAAUAAAGAUCACGGUCUGCUCACAAAGGAGGAAGUACAGAAAGUGGUAUCAGAAGUGACUGCUGAACAUGACCGAGAACUUUUAUUCAAAGCGAAUGAGAACUUUAUCGUACGGAUACAGUCGUGUGUGAGAGGAUACCUGGCCAGGAAGGCUUAUACACAGAGAGUUAACUUCAUGAACACACAGCUACCAGCCAUUACCAAAAUACAGGCUUGCUGGAAAGGAUAUAAACAGCGUAAGGAUUACCAGGGGAGACUGAAAUAUCUCCAAGAUAAUCACGAUGCAGUUGUCAAGCUGCAGGCUGUUGUGCGCAUGUGGAGACAGGCGACAAAAUAUCGCAGUCGGCUUCAAUUCUUCAAAGAUCACGAAGCAGAUGUUAUAAAAAUCCAGGCAUUUGUGCGUUCUAACAAAGCGAAGAACGACUACAAGGCAUUAAUGCAUGAAGAUAACCCUCCCCUCAAUGUCGUCCAGAAGUUUGUCCAUUUGUUGGACACCAGUGAUGUAGAUUACUCAGAAGAAAUAGAACUACAGAAGCUCCGACAGCAGGUGGUGACAGAGAUACGGUCGACUCAGCAACUGGAGCAUGACCUGGACACAAUGGACAUCAAGAUCGGACUUCUCAUCAAAAACAGGAUCUCCCUACAGGAUGUAGUUACCCAUGACAAAAAGCUGUCCAAACAUAAAGAAAUGAGUCAGAGUGUUCCUAAGGGACUGAAAGCCUUGAGUAAAGAUUGUCACGACCGACUGGAGGCCUACCAGUACCUCUUCUACCUUCUACAAACCAAUCCAUCCUAUCUUGCCAAACUCAUUUUCGAGAUGCCCCAGAGUCGAACAACCAAGUUCAUGGAGUCGGUUAUUUACUCGUUAUUUAACUAUGGCUCCAACCAGAGGGAGGAGUAUCUACUUCUGAAGCUGUUUAGGAAGGCUUUGGAGGAAGAGAUAGCACUAAAGGUCGACAAGAUGUCUGACUUCGUAACAGGAAAUCCCCUUGUAGUGAAAAUGAUUGUAGGUUUUAACAGGAAUCAACGAGGCCAGAACUCCUUGAGGGAAAUGUUAAAUCCAUUAGUGACUGAGGUCAUUGAGGACAAAAACUUACGCAUCAAUACAAAUCCUGUGGAUGUGUAUAAAACGUGGAUCAACCAGACCGAAUCUCAGACCGGAAAAACCAGUACGUUGCCUUACGACGUGUCCAUAGAACAGGCGCUGUCUCACGAUGAGGUUCAAAAAAUGAUUCAGCAGUCAGUCGACAAGUUACAGCAAGUUACAGAAAAGUUCCUCACAACCAUCCUACAGUCACUCGAUAAAAUUCCGUAAGUAUAUCGGUUCCUUACAACGGUCCUACAAGAAGCUCUAAUGACAAAGUUUCCAGAGGCACCGGAAAAAGACGUCUUAAAGAUCGUAGGAAACCUUUUGUACUACAGAUAUAUCAAUUCGGCCAUUGUCGCUCCCGAUGCCUUUGACAUUAUCAAUGUUGGGGCUGACAAGCAGCUAACCAACGACCAACGACGUAACCUUGGAUCUGUUGCCAAAAUUUUACAAUUUGCAGCCGCAAACAAAGGGUUUGGUGGUGAGAGCUCCUACCUCUCCAGCAUGAACAGUUACAUCCGUGAAGCUCAUGAAAAAUUCAAACACUAUUGUGUGAUGGCUUGUGAUGUGGAGGAGUUGGAGCCCAAGUUUAACGUUGACCAAUAUUCAGACAUAGUGACUAUCACCAAGCCGGUCAUUUAUAUAUCUGUGUCCGAGAUCUGUGAUACACAUCAAAUGUUAGUGCUACACCAGGAUGAGAUUGCUUCCGACUCAAACGACGCCCUGCACGAGUUGCUGGAAGAUCUGGGAGAGGUUCCCACUGUAGCAGAGCUUUUAGGUGUUGAUCUUCCUGAGGAACAAACCAUGCGGGAUACUGUACUGGCUCAACUAGGCACAACGGAAAUAACUCUCACACUUACAAACAAGUUUGAGGUUCCGGAAGAUGACCAGUCUAAUGUAAAACAGCUCCUAAUAAGGACGAAGCGUCUAGUGGUGGAUGUGGUGGCGUGUCAGCCAGGAGAUACCAUCACACAGAUCCUCGAGUCCCCAGCAACAGAUGAACAGGAGGAGCUGCAUCAGGCACUUGUUAAAAAACGGGAACUGCGUGACAGGAAGGCUUCCGCUAAACAAGGUGGCAAGGGCUUAGUGCGGCAACCCUCAAUGUUGUCAGAAACCAUGUUAUCUCUUCAAGUCAUGAAGACGAAGAUUAAAAAGCAGCUACAGAAUUUAGAACUGGAUGGAGUCGUCUCCAGGAAAAAUGGAUUCCAAGAUCUAGUCAACAUGAUUGCACAGGAUAUCCGCAACCAAAGACGUUACCGUAACAGUCGAAAACAGGAGCUGAUGCGUGUACGUUCAACACUGAAGAGGCUACAGGAGAAACGUAAAUUUUACGAGUCUCAGAUCGACUACUACAAUCGAUAUGUUAAAACGUGCAUGGAAAACUUACAACAAAAGAGCAAUAACAGGAAAUCACGCGGACUAUUUAAACGAGGAGAAGGGAACGGCAAGGUAUCCUUUGAGUCUGUGAAGUACAGUGCCUCAAAGCUUCACGAGAAGGGAGUCAUUCUGGAUGUGGAGGGGCUGCCUAAUAAUCAAUUCAAGAAUGUGAUGUUCGAGAUUUGUGCAACAGCUGACCCAGGAACUUUUGAUGUCAAUGCCAAAUUUCUGGGUGUAGAAAUGGAAAAGGUGGAACUUGUGUUUCAGGAUUUACUUCAGCUCCAGUACGAAGGAGUAGCAGUCAUUGAGAUGUUCAACAAAGCACGCAUCAAUGUCAAUCUCCUCAUCUUCUUACUAAACAAGAAAUUUUACAGUCGACAUAGCAAAUAACAUUUCCUGUCCUAGUGCUGUAUGUAGCAAGAGUUGCCUACCCUUGUCUAUACUUCCCAGAAAGCUUGCCAUUCCUUCUCAACAGUUAUUUGAUAUGGUAGCAGUCAGUGUGGAAAGGUCUACAUAAUCAAAUCAUUGACAGACUUCUGAUAUAUGUGCCUGAAUGUACCAACACCAAUCGGAUAUAAAAGAAGAAUUUCUAAUAAAUUUAAAACAGUCCUUGAGAUACUGUGCCCUGGCUUCCACUGCUUGUGGUAGUUAGAAUCUAAAUAAGGAUUUUAUAACUUGUGAGGUCUGGAAUAAAAAAAGUAAACAUC